AUGGAGGCGGUGUUAAAGUACAUUCUGAGGUUUGGAGCAAACGAUGGCGAUGGUGGAGCACUAGGCAACAUCAAAGCACACAUCGGAAUGACCGAAGAGCAGCAUCGUCUUAUGCUUCACGGUCAUCUGAUGGUAUGGGUGCACGGCUUCACGAGUCGGGAACAGCUGCGGAACGACAUUGGGCACAACCUGAAGAAACAUGCCGAACUAGCGAACUACAUCGGAAGAAUAAUAUACAACCAGGUCAUGUCUCUCGAAGAGGUAGAGUUCGGCCUGCUCAACGCAUAUGAGCCAGUGUACAACAAAGUUGUGGUACCCAACGCGUCACCGUUUGACGAGAGUGCCGCUCAUCAGAACUAG